AUGACUCAGCCGCCGAGGAUAAUCCGUCACGUCACUUGCCUAUUAAUAACGAACUGGUCCGAGCCUGGGUCCCUAACUUGGCCUCGAUAUACAUCUUCGGCCCUGAAAUCAAAAGGCAAACAGACUAUUUCUGCCUUGGAUUUUGCGUUAUUUUCCCCUGCCUGCUUUGCUGAUAGUCCGCUUGGGCGAAAAAGGCGACGGCUCUUUUUUUGUCAAACGGUUGCCUCUCCCCCACUUCUACCUUCGCAGUUGUGCACUGCUGCGCUCGUCGGGCUUCUGGUUCCUGAAACGAAUUCCGCUGCAGUGAAACGGAGGCAUAACUGCGCCUGUCUUCUGUUGGCGGUCGCCCGCUUUCUCUUGGUUGCGAACGUGCCAUUUUGCCGUUCUUGCGCCUGCAUUCUAGCCGCCACCAUUCCCCCUUCCACGCGGAAACGAAAGGCCGCUGAGACGACGACCUCGCCCUCUUCUCCGAAUAAGAAAAACGUCGUCUCAGCAGCUGCAUCUCAUUCCGCACCGCCGACUCCUGUCACUACGAACGAUAUGGACUCAGAUGAGGACUUCAUGUCGCAGCUUUCGAGCGAUGACGAAAUCAUGCUCGAUAGCGCUGAUGAUCUGUCCGGUGCCGAUUUCGACGAUGAAGACUUUGACGAGCCCGAUCCCGACUUCGGUCUCUCCCCGAAGGAGUUGGGGAGGAAGAAGACUCAGGCUCAUGUUGUCCCAUUCAGAGUAUACGAGCCAACCGAUAUUCAAAAGCAACAAGACGAAAUGAUUUCCGAAGUCAACAUGAUUCUUGAUAUGGGCAAAGAAGAUGCCGCCAUCAUGCUUCGUCAUUUCCGUUGGAACAAGGAGCGUUUGCUCGAAGACUACAUGGAUCGUCCAGAAAAAGUCCUAGAAGCGGCCGGUCUGAACAGCAGCACAAACGAUCUACCAAAGCUUGAAGCUGUUCCAGGCUUUAUAUGCGAUAUCUGCUGCGAGGAUGAGGAAGGGCUCGAGACUUUCGCGAUGAAGUGUGGUCAUCGUUACUGUGUCGAUUGUUACCGGCAAUACUUGACACAGAAGAUCCGAGACGAAGGCGAGGCGGCUCGGAUACAAUGCCCCUCCGACGGGUGUGGCCGAAUUCUCGAUUCCCGAUCUCUAGACUUGCUCGUCACAUCCGAACUGACAGGUCGAUACCACGAGCUUCUCAACCGGACAUAUGUCGAGGAUAAGAAUAUUUUCAAAUGGUGCCCGGCGCCAGAUUGCCCAAACGCUGUCGAAUGCAACAUCAAAAAGAACGAUCUUAAUAAAGUUGUUCCAACUGUCGAAUGCAGCUGUGGUUUCCGCUUCUGCUUUGGGUGUCCAAACCCUGAUCACCAACCCGCCCCUUGCGACCUCGUCAAAAAAUGGCUUAAGAAAUGCGCGGACGAUUCGGAAACGGCGAAUUGGAUCAAUGCCAAUACCAAAGAAUGCCCCAAAUGUCAAUCCACGAUUGAAAAGAAUGGCGGGUGCAACCAUAUGACUUGCCGAAAGUGUCGAUAUGAAUUCUGCUGGAUGUGCAUGGGACUCUGGUCCGAGCACGGCACAUCAUGGUACAAUUGUAAUAGAUAUGAAGAAAAGAGCGGUCACGAAGCGCGUGAUGCCCAAACUAAGUCAAGGACCUCUCUGGCUCGAUAUCUGCACUACUACAAUCGUUACGCCAAUCACGAACAGUCAGCGCGGCUGGAUAAGGACAUCGCCAUCAAGACUGAGAAGAAGAUGGUUCAGCUGCAAACGACCUCAGGCAUGUCUUGGAUCGAAGUGCAAUAUCUCAACGCUGCAUCACAGGCACUUCAAACUUGCCGCCAGACUCUGAAAUGGACAUAUGCUUUCGCCUUCUACCUCGCGAAAACAAACUUGACUGAGAUAUUCGAGGACAAUCAAAAAGAUUUAGAAAUGGCUGUGGAGAAUUUGUCCGAAAUGUUUGAGAAGCCGAUUCAAGAGCUAUCAGACUCGAAGCUCAAGGUGGACAUUAUGGACAAAACGUCGUACUGUAACAAGAGACGGAUAAUCUUGCUUGAGGAUACUGCGGACAACCUGGCCAAAGGUAAAUGGACUUUCAAUUCGGAAUUGACAGCACCUGCCUCGGUCCUGGCGGCUCCUUCGGCACGCCAAUAA